GCUCUGCGUUGGGUAAGAUGGCGGCGUCCAGGUGGCGUUCUUGAGGAGCUGGGAUCGGUAUGGCUUUAGCUUCGGGACCCGCAAGGCGGGCGCUGGCUGGCUCCGGGCAUCUCGGCCUUGGGGGCUGCGGGGCCCCGAGACGCGGGGCGUACGAAUGGGGCGUGCGCUCCACGAGGAAGCCCGAGCCUCCUCCCCUGGACAGGGUGUACGAGAUUCCUGGACUGGAACCCAUCACCUACGCGGGGAAGAUGCAUUUCAUGCCCGGGCUGGCGCGGCCGAUCUUCCCGCCCUGGGACCCUGGCUGGACGCACCCGAAGUUCCGCCGCUCGCCUCCGAUUCACGAGCAGCCACUUUACAAGGAGCAGGCCUGCUACAUCUUCCACCAGCGAUGCCGCCUUCUCGAGGGUGUGAAGCAGGCCCUUUGGCUUACCAAGACCAAGUUGGUAGAAGGCCUUCCUGAGAAAGUGCUUGGCCUCAUCAGCGAUCCCGGCAACCACAUAGAGAACCAGGACGAGCGCGUUCUGAACGUGAUCUCUCACGCCCGGCUCUGGCACUCCCCCGAGGACGUCCCGAAGAGAGAGACCUACUGCCCAGUCAUUGUGGACAGUCUCAUACAGCUCUGUAAGUCCCAGAUGCUCAAGCAUCCUUCCCUGGCCAGGCGGAUCUGUGCCCAGAACUACUCAUUAUCCACCACGUGGAAUCGAGAGUCGAUUCUCCUUCAGGUCCGGGGUUCUAGCGGAGUCCGCCUGAGUACCAAGGACCCUCUGCCCCCCAUUGCCUCCAGAGAGGAGGUUGAAGCCACUAAGGAUCACGUUCUUGAGACCUUCCAUCCUAUAUCGCCCACUAUUGACCUUCAGGAGUGCAAUGUUUAUGAUGUGAAAGACGACACAGGAUUCCGGGAAGGUUAUCCUUACCCUCAUCCCCACACCCUGUAUUUUUUGGAGAAAGCCAAUUUACGACCACACCGCUUCCAACCAGACCAGCUUCGGGCCAAGAUGAUCCUGUUUGCUUUUGGCAAUGCCCUGGCUCAGGCCCGGCUCCUCUAUGGGGAUGAUGCCAAGGUCUUAGAGCAGCCAGUGGUUGUGCAGAGUGUGGGCACAGAUGGACGCGUCUUCCAAUUCCUGGUGUUACAGCUGAACACCACAGACCUGGCCUCUAGUGAAGGCAUCAAGAACUUGGUCUGGGUGGACUCCGACCAGCUCCUCUAUCAGCAUUUUUGGUGUCGUCCAGUGAUCAAAAAGAAGGUGGUCGUGGAACCUGUUGGGCCGACUGGUUUCCAGCCAGAAACGUUCCGGAAGUUUUUAGCUCUGUAUUUGCACGGUGCCGUGUGAGCUGAGGACUUGUCUGAGGCCGGAACUCCUUUGGCCCUUCUCUCUCUGAAGAGCCUGUGCCCCGAGUGGUGCCCAGGGCCGCCCGGAGCCUCUGCUCGCUUGGUGGUUUGGUGGUCUUGACGACAAUAAAGAGCCCUUGCAUUGCA